CCAACACAUUCCAAUCGAAUCUAUCUACUUUAUUUACAUUUUCUGCCCUAGGAGUAGAUGUAGCGUAGUUCUAGUUGUAGCCUUCCGCAUAUCCACCUCCACCCCUAUUCGACUCUACAUCGUCUAAAUUCGUCUUGGGUGGUCUGCCGACCCAAAAACGAUCCUAGGAUCUUACUCCUCUCGGAGGGCAAGAUCUAGUUGUUCAUUCAAAAUAUUAUAUCUCGACUGUCUCUUAAUUCCUAGGCGACUCCACGUCGUCUCGAGACCCGGAGCGCCCUAAGAUCUCUCAUCCAGGUGCGAGAUCUAGGUUCCAGCGAGGAGCAAAACGACCCUGCGCCAUCGCGGACCGUCCGGCCCUGUGAGCGGACAAUCCGGUGCGACGUAGAGAAGACGCCGCUUCUGCAUCUAGGUCGUCAACCAUUCGUCCCAGAUCGCGGACCGUCCGUGUCUGCACAGAGAGCAUCGCUAGAGGAUAUACCCCUGGCAAUUGACGCUGCCCAGAUCAUCACCAACAGAUAUGACGCAGGGCAAUCACGGAUUUCAUGGUACAAGAUAAGAAGAAUGCCAGGGCACUGCCCCUGCCCCUGUGGUUUGGACAGCUAGCUACAUGGACUCCUGCUUUCACGUUCUCAUACAGGCACUCCUGCACUGUGCUCCUUCGUCUCCUCCUCCCCUGCCUGCCACCAACUGCCAAGGUGCCAAGUGCAGAUACCUUCCCUGCCUCACAAACAACGCCACCCUGUACUAGAUACCAUCAGGGUCUUCAACCAGGGCAGGUUUAUGUUCAGGUGGCACUGCCAGCAGAAGUGAUCCGUUGACUUCAGCUAUGGGCAACCUGUGCUGCUGUGUUCAAGUCGACCAGUCGACUGUGGCCAUCAGGGAGCAGUUUGGCAAGUUUGACAGCGUGCUUGAGCCAGGAUGCCACUGCAUGCCUUGGUUCGCCGGCAAGCGUGUAGCUGGGCAACUCACACUCAGGCUGCAGCAACUGGAUGUGCGCUGUGAGACAAAAACAAAGGACAAUGUUUUCGUGAAUGUGGUGGCAUCUAUUCAGUACCGCGCUCUGGCUGACAAAGCAAGUGACGCUUUCUACAAACUGAGCAACACAAGGUCCCAGAUCCAAGCCUACGUCUUUGACGUGAUCAGAGCAAGCGUUCCCAAGCUCCAUUUGGACGAUGCUUUCGAGCAGAAGGACGAGAUCGCAAGGGCGGUGGAGGAAGAGCUUGAGAAGGCCAUGUCGGCUUAUGGCUUUGAGAUCGUGCAGACUCUCAUCGUGGACAUCGAGCCAGACGAGCAUGUGAAGCGCGCAAUGAACGAGAUCAACGCAGCUGCGAGGCUCAGGGCGGCUGCAAACGAGAAGGCGGAGGCGGAGAAGAUCGUGCAGAUCAAGCGCGCGGAGGGGGAGGCAGAAGCCAAGUACCUGUCCGGGCUGGGCAUUGCGCGCCAGCGGCAGGCCAUCGUGGACGGGCUCAGGGACAGCGUGCUGGGGUUCUCCGUCAACGUGCCGGGCACCACCGCCAAGGACGUCAUGGACAUGGUGCUCAUCACCCAGUACUUCGACACCAUGAAGGAGAUCGGCGCGUCGUCCAAGGCGUCCUCGGUGUUCAUCCCGCAUGGCCCCGGAGCGGUGCGCGACAUUGCCACGCAGAUCCGCGACGGCCUCCUGCAGGGAUCCUCUGUCGCCAAACACUAAGCUGCCUGCCGUUGCCGUUGCUGCUGAAGAACACCACCACCACUAUUAUAUAUAUAAUAUAAUGAUGAUCUUGGUACCAGAGUGAUGCUUGUCUAUAUUGUUCAUCACUCAUCGUCACCAUCUGCUAGGAUGGCUAUCUUUAUGCUUGGGGAUUGGAGAAAACCUUAUCUAACCUUUUAGGGAACCGGUAAUAUAUAUAAUGCAGCAUGAGUUUGCAGUAUGUUCAUCAGAACCUUUUAGAGUCUAGAUGCAUGAAUGGCAUCAUAGAAUAGAAUACAAGAGUUGCUUCCA